AACUUUAUUGUGAAAAUCGUGAACCGGAAGCGCUGCUUCUCUUUAAGCUAGCGGAAUUAGUGUGGCCAAAUCUGCUUCCUAACUGUCAACAUUCUGGAUUUGGACGCUUGGUCCUUUAUUUCCCCUGCUUGCCAGGUUGUUUCUUGGUAGCUAAACUACAAUCCAGUGUUAUGGCUGAACCAUGAAAGCCCAAUUGCAAGUCACUGUGCUGUCAGCUAAGCUGAAGGAAAACAAAAAGAUCUGGUUUGGUCCCAGUCCAUACGUGGAGGUAGCGGUGGAUGGCCAGUCAAAGAGAACUGAGAAGUGCAACAACACACACAGUCCCAAAUGGAAGCAGGCCCUCACAGUAAUUGUGACUCCCGUCAGCAAGCUGGUUUUCCGUGUUUGGAGCUAUCAGACUUUAAAAGCUGACAUCCUUUUGGGGAUGGCUACUUUGGACAUUAGUAAGACUCUCAGAGCCAAUGAUCUGAAAUUGUGUGAGGUGGUGCAGACGCUGCAGCUGAGCUCUGACAGAGACCCUCAGGAUGUUGUUGGUGACCUGUCUGUCUGUCUGGACGGCAUGCAGAUAGACCCAGAAGCCUUUGAUUUGGCAGAGAGAGAACAGACCUCUGUUCUAAAUGGAAACACAAGACAAAAUGGCAGCAGCAACAGAUCAAGUAGGGACACGUCUCCAUCCAGUGACUCAGACGAGUGGGUCAUUGUUCCCAAUGGUCUUGCUGUCCCUAGUACAGACUCUAACUCCCCAUCUCCAGGGGGCUCUAAUGCUUCACGUCUUCCCAGACCUCUACCUUCCACGCCAUGUAAACCCGCGUCCUCAUCGACCUCCUCCAGCAGUUCUUCUCCUAGCGAGCUAAGUGAAGCUCCAGCAUCAGAUGGUUCCUCUCAAGCUUCAGCAAGCGGAUGCUCUGACCCGCCGGAUGAAUCAGGAACUCGAGCUGCAGUAGCAGUUUCCGCACAACAACCAAGUGGUCCCAAACCAGGCAGCGCCAUCACUGCUGCUCCAGCUGCAACAACGCCCAGAGUCACUCCUGUUAACAACGGCCCCCUGCCACCAGGAUGGGAGCAAAGAGUGGACCAGAGUGGACGGGUGUAUUAUGUGGACCACAUAGAGAAGAGGACAACAUGGGACCGGCCUGAGCCGCUACCAUCAGGGUGGGAGCGGAGGGUGGACCCGAUGGGUCGAGUGUAUUAUGUUGACCACAUAACACGAACUACGACGUGGCAGCGGCCCACGCAGGAGUCAGUGCGGAACUAUGAGGAAUGGCAGCACCAGCGCAGCCAGCUCCAGGGAGCGAUGCAGCAGUUUAACCAGAGGUUCAUUUAUGGGCUCCAGGACCAGUUUGCAGCCACGGCAACUAAAGAGUUUGACCCACUGGGACCUCUACCACACGGUUGGGAGAAGAGAACAGACAUCAAUGGAAGAGUUUAUUUUGUUCAUCAUCCGACUCGGACGACACAGUGGGAGGACCCGAGGACACAAGGGCUGCUGAAUGAUAAGCCCCUGCCUGACGGCUGGGAGAUGCGGUUCACUGUGGAUGGGAUUCCUUAUUUUGUCGACCACAACAGGAGAACGACGACCUACAUCGACCCCCGCACUGGGAAAUCCUCACUUGAGAACGGCCCACAGAUCACCUACGUCAGGGACUUUAAAGCCAAAGUGCAAUACUUCAGGUUCUGGUGUCACCAAUUGUCGAUGCCUCAGCACAUCAAGAUUACGGUCUCAAGAAAAACGUUGUUCGAGGAUUCGUUUCAGCAGAUCAUGAGUUUCCACCCCCAAGAUCUACGGCGGCGGUUGUGGAUUAUAUUUCCUGGAGAGGAGGGUCUGGAUUACGGAGGUGUAGCCAGAGAGUGGUUUUUCCUGCUUUCACACGAAGUGCUGAAUCCCAUGUACUGUUUGUUCGAGUAUGCUGGAAAAGACAACUACUGCCUCCAGAUCAACCCAGCCUCUUACAUCAACCCCGAUCACCUCAAGUACUUCAAGUUCAUCGGCCGCUUCAUUGCUAUGGCCUUGUUUCACGGAAAAUUCAUCGACACGGGUUUCUCGCUGCCUUUCUACAAACGCAUCCUGAACAAACUGCUGGCUCUUAAAGAUUUGGAGUCCAUAGAUCCAGAGUUUUAUAAUUCUCUCAUUUGGAUCAAGGAUAAUAAUAUAGAAGAGUGUGGCCUGGAGAUGUUUUUCUCUGUUGACAAGGAGAUCCUGGGUGAGGUCACCACCCAUGAGCUGAAACCAGAUGGAGGAAACAUCCAAGUAACCGAGGAAAAUAAAGAGGAAUACAUCAGGCUGGUGGCAGAGUGGAGGCUGUCUAGAGGUGUGGAGGAGCAGACACAAGCCUUCUUUGAGGGUUUCAACGAAGUUCUUCCACAGCAGUACCUUCAGUACUUUGAUGCUAAAGAACUAGAGGUGAUGCUUUGUGGGAUGCAGGAGAUCGACCUUGGCGACUGGCAGAGAAACACGAUCUAUAGACAUUACACUCGGGGUAGCAAGCAGAUUCUUUGGUUUUGGCAGUUUGUGAAGGAGAUGGACAAUGAGAAGAGAAUGAGACUUCUGCAGUUUGUCACAGGAACCUGUCGUCUUCCUGUGGGCGGCUUUGCUGAUCUGAUGGGAAGCAAUGGCCCUCAGAAGUUUUGCAUCGAGAAAGUAGGCAAAGAAAACUGGCUUCCACGAAGCCACACCUGCUUUAAUCGCCUGGACCUCCCUCCAUAUAAGAGCUACGAGCAGCUGAAGGAGAAACUCAUGUUUGCCAUAGAAGAGACGGAAGGAUUUGGACAGGAGUGAUGCAGCCGCCGUGUCCGUUUUAGACAGAAAGCACUUUCCAGUUUAGAGAUGAUUAGAAUUUAGUUUUAAAUAAUAUAUUUUUUAAAAAGUAUUCAUUACUUCACACCAGACCUGUGAUUAAUCCACCCCAGCCUCCUUUCACCUGAAGGAUUUGUUCCUGACUAAUCCACCUGAUUUCACUUUACUGCGCUCCGCCCAUCCAGACGGUGAAGACGCCUUUCUCGCCGUCAUGUCUGCACUUGCAGCUCGUUUUCUGAACGUGCAACGUUUCUGAAAAGCCAGCUUUUCUGUGCAGCACUGAUAUGAGCGAGGAUGACAGAAAUGUCGUUUUCUGACUUAAAAUGUAAAAAUCAACAUUAACAGUAACACAAAACCUCUUUUCUGAUUUUUGGGGUCUUUCUUUUUUUUUUUUUUUUUUUUUUUUUUUUUUUGAUAUUUGAUAUUUUUCUAAUGACUGACUACUGUAGCACAUACGCAGAUUUUCUUUUAAGUUGACUCUUAACUUCUUUUUUUUUGCAAUAAUAUUUAGUCUUCUUCUGUCAGGAUAGUUUUUUAUUGAGUUGAGACAGUAAACCAGUUUGCACUGAGCACUGAGGCUGUUGUGGUUGUUGUUGAGGGGAUAUUUUUAUGUGCAAUCGUUUUUUAAACACUUAUGCCAACGAUGGAAUCAAACAUGGCUUUGUUUGAUUAGUUCAUCAUAACUAGACUUAGUGUUUGGUAUUCAUUGCAGCUUGAUGUGAAGGCGAGAAAUUUGCCAUUAUUUGAAUCGUAUUGGAUGAGAUUGCAUAUCAGCGUAUUAGACCAUCAUCUUCCUGUCAGUCCCAGACAGAUUGUGAAUGUUUAGAUCAAAAGCUGUUACUGGUGACGUGGGACCUUGUGCUGUAAAAGGUCACGGCCUCGUCCCACUGAAUGGUAGUCAGUUCUGUGCCGGUUGUAAAGAGACGUGUCAUAAGAGCUCAAUAGUUGAUUAGUCUGCAGCUUGCACACGUCUCUAAAUCCACAAUUAGUCUUUAAACUUUCAUCUAAUGCUGUUUAUGUAAAUACAUCUAAAUAUAAAAACUAUGAGCUCUGAAAACACUUUGAUUACCCAGAUAUAGAUCCACUCUGAUGAACCCUAGUUUUAUAGGGUGUGAGCAGAUUUUCUGGAUUUUCUGUUGUCUUACAGCCCCUUUGGUGUAAUCAUGGAGGCUGAUCGACAUGUAGAAACAUGCAAGUGAGUAUUUUAGUAUUACAAAUUUCAUUGUAACCCAAAUUCGAUUGUGCAUUUGCUGUUUUUUUUUAGCUAUAAUUCUUUGAUAAGUGAAAUGUAGUGGGUGAAUUUUAUUUAUUAAGAUCUUGAGUUUCUUGUAUCAAUGACCUGGAUUCUUUGGCGAUAAAUAAAAUUAAAAUGUGGAA